CUCCUUAAGCUCCUCUAUCCAGUUUCCAUUCUUCUCUCAUCACUCGUCUUCUGAUUCUUCUUCUUUUAUUGCCGUUUUUGGGUUUCUCUCUGCCGUUUGUUGGCUGCUUCUCUGCAUAGGAAACAAUUAAUUGCAGAAUCUCCAAUGGGCUGUGAUGCGUCAAAUGUUGGAAACGUCACUGGACCAGAUUACUUCAGCUUUUAUAAAUGUGAGAUAGCAGAAUUACUAUCUCAAGAUGGAGACUCUCCCCCUUCAUCACUUCGAACUCCUGUCUCUUCUGAUAAUCAUCAUGGAAACAUGGCUACUGCAAAAGAGAAUAACACUGCAAAUUCUUCAUCCUUAUUUUCUGAUUGCAUUGGACCUGAAGUCUCUGAGACAAAAAUUGAAAAGAUGAAAUCUUUGCUUCGCCAAAGUGUUUUUUCUCUUUCACAGGAUGUUGAUGAGAUGGUUGACCCUGUUUUAAAAAUGUGUGAGUUAAAGUCGGUUCUUCUGGGCUUCUCAGAUAGUCUUCUAAGUAUUUCUGCUGUUGAUGCACCUGGAGCUGAUCAAGGGAAUCCUUGUAAGAAGCUCAAACCAUCUCAUCUGUCUUCGCCAGCUUCCACUUCAGAAAGUCAAGGCUCUCAGGAGAGAUCUGAUCCAGAGCCAUUCAACAAUUCCUGCAGACUUAAACGCAAAGUGGGGAGAGAGGCUUUGCUGAUGAAUGAGAAAAGUAAUGAUUGUCUUUCAGAUGCUAGUGUUGGAGCUGCUAAAGAAGAUGGAGUUGAUGAUCAUGUGUUUCUCCUCCAGAGUGAGAGGUCAAUUGUAGAGGAAGGACUUAAAAGGGAAUCAGAUGAUUUGUUAGCUAUGCUUAGCCACAUGGAGCAGGAACUGGAAGAACUACUUGAUGCUGUGAUGUCGAAGUGCAGGUUAAUGACCCUUCUAGAGAAACAACAGCUCCAGAGGAUGAUUAAGAAUCUACCACCAAGAAAUCUUGACGGCGUCCUGAAGAUCAUUCAGUGUCAUAGGCAAUCUGAUACAUUUUAUAGCAAUCAGAUACAUAUUGAUUUAGAAAAAGAGGACAAUAUAACACUAUGGCGAUUGUAUUUUUACGUUGAAGCGGUUGAAAAUGCUAAGAAGCUCUGUAGCGCUCGAUAACCAUCAUGGUCAACUCCUCACUGCCAUUUGGCGGGGUCAAUAAAAAAAUCUGGAAUAAACAAGUGCUACUGGUCUGAUGCUGCUGCUUUACUCCUCAUUCAUUGGCACAUUGGCGAAUGCCAACUCCCAAAUAUGUGUUGUGCAAUAUGCCAAAUAUAAAACAUUGAUUGAUUCAAAUCAAUAAAACUUGAGACACGAAUGUGCACCAUUUAAGGCAUUUAUGCACACCAUUUCAUGUUCAGGGACUAGCAAGGUUGACCAAAACUUUUUUACGUUUCCAAAAACCAGUACCUGUCCAAAUCCAACCCUGUUCCUCGCAAAUAGGACUUGAUUCUUG